UUGCAAAGCUGUCUAUUGGAUCAGUUGAUCUGAACAAAUGAAGCAACCGGGGUGGCAACCAUCAAAAUCAACAAUCCAGAAAAGAAAAAUGCUUUCACAGGUAAAAUGAUGGCAGACCUCCAUGAGUGCGUCUCUGAACUAGAAAGGUGGGCGACAGGCAGAGCAGUGGUUCUAACGGGCAGUGGGAACACAUUUUGCUCUGGCGGUGAGCUUCAGACCGUCCAGAAGAUCCUACACAAGGGAGGGGACAUGUGCAAACUGAUGCAGUUCACAACCUCGCGGUUAUAUUCUCUUCCACUUAUCAGUGUAGCUGCAGUUAAUGGCCAUGCUUUGGGUGGUGGGGCGGAACUGACGACUGCAUGUGACUUUCGAGUGAUGACCACCAAGGCAAAAAUUGGUUUUGUUCAAGCGCGAAUGAAUGUCUCCACAGGGUGGGGUGGCGGAACCCGGCUUAUUGGACUUCUGGGUAGAACUAAUGCCUUGCUGUUGUUAUCUUCUGGGCAAGUGUUGAACGCUGAUCAAGCCAAGGCACUGGGAUUUGUGAAUGAAGUGUUUGAUACCGAGGAUAUAGCUAGCGAGGCAAGAAAGUGGAUUAAUAAAACUUUAGUGGGCGAUUUUACUGUUACAAGAAAUAUUAAACAGAUGGUACUUGAAGGAGCUAAUAUGGAAGAUUUAGCUUAUACACGUGAGAGGGAAUUGUUUACCAAAUUGUGGGGUAGUGAACUUCAUCUCAAGGCUUUAAAUGCUAAUAUGAAGCACAAAUAGUUAUUGUACUAAUUGAAUCAUGUCUGUAAUUAAAUAAUUUAUUCAAACUUUGUAAUAAACAAGAGGGCCAAGAUGGCCCUAGUUCGCUCACCU